AUGGCGGCUCCAGUCGGCUUUCUGGCUGAGCGCGGGAGGGCGAUUAGGGUGACACACGACCAAGGUGUUGGUGAACGGUGGCCGACCGAGAGGUCUGUCUGCUUGUGCGCAAGGCAACGGCGGGCGGGUGAGGUUGAGCCUAAGUACUGGCGCUGGCAGGGUCUCAGUGGUGCCGACAGCGCCGAGGUGCCACAGCGCUGCUGGGGUCUGGGCAGCGGAACUGCGGCUGCGGUCGGGCGUUUGGCCGUUAUCAGGCCCAACGUGAUUGGCCGUCGCUUCUCGCUGUCGCCUCGGGCCCAGUCCCUGUAG